AUGAGAGCCGUGUCCUUUGGUUCUAAUCUUUGCCUUCAAAAGCGCCGCGACGAGGAGGAGGAGUACACGACAGAAUAUGACGAGACUGAAGGCGGAUAUGGCAUUGCCGCUCUGUACCUCAGCAGUCAACGCAUACCCACUGGGCUCAGGAUAACCACCCCGCGGCGCAUCGUGUUUCAGACGAGAGCAGCAGACCAGGGCUUUGCGAGUUUCGGCGGGGAGGGCACCUUUGGAAACAGCCACACCUGGUUCGAGGCCAGCAUCCUUAAGCCCUGGGCCGGCUCAGGUGGCCACCCAAUCGAGGCUGACACUGUGCUUGAAGAGGUUUUCGACGAGGACAACACGUGGUGGGAUGUCUCCCAUGCAAGGGAUGAUUUGAGGUCCAACGGGUGGGAUUUUGUCGAGGGGGAGAACGGACGUCUCACGUGGAAGGUGUGCAACAAUCUGACGGCAUGUGCAACCUUUCGGAACUACAGGGUUGAGUGGACGAUGGGCGUAGCGACGGAGGUCGAGGAUGAGAGGGCGGUAGGCAGCGGUGAGGGAUUUCUCAAGUUGCUCAAGCCCGGCUAUAAGGUCGUGCUCUGGGCGAGGGCUGAGUACCUGGCUUGGAUCAACAAGGUUGCAGCGGCAACCAUCUAG